UGCGGGAGCACCCCAUCUAUCAACCCUCCCUCUACAAACAUUCCCAUGGAGAUGACUCGGGAGGAGGCUGGGAGGCUACCCCAAGUACUGGCCCGGAUCGGGACCUCCCACGGUAUCACCGACCUAGCCUGCAAGCUCCGCUUCUAUGACGACUGGGCUACCGAGUACGACCAGGACGUGGCUGCUUUGAAGUACCGAGCCCCUUACCUUGCUGUGGAUUGUCUCAGUCGCGCCCUUCGGGGUCCACCCCACGAUGCCUUGAUCCUGGAUGUGGCCUGUGGCACUGGCCUGGUGGCUGUGGAGCUGCAGGCUCGGGGCUUCCUCCAGGUGCAGGGCAUAGAUGGAAGCCCUGAAAUGCUGAAGCAGGCCCAGGCACGUGGCCUGUACCACCGCCUCAGCCUCUGCACCCUGGGCCAGGAGCCGCUGCCCAACCCUGAAGGGACCUUUGACGCUGUGAUCAUAGUGGGUGCCCUCAGUGAGGGACAAGUGCCCUGCAGUGCCGUUCCUGAGCUCCUAAGAGUCACCAAGCCAGGUGGACUCGUAUGUCUGACUACCAGGAGCAACCCAUCCAACCUUCCCUACAAGGAGGCACUGGAAGCAACCUUAGACUCCCUGGAGCAGGCUGGAGCAUGGGAACGUCUGGUGGCCCAGCCUGUGGAGCACUGGGAACUGGCGACCUCAGAACAGGAGACAGGGCUGGGCACUGGUGCCAACGACAGCUUCAUCUCUGGCAUCAUAUACCUUUACCGAAAGCAGGAGAGAGCCCAGGGGGAGGGAGGGAGGCUCAGUGUCCAGGCCCGGGUUGACCACUGAUCCCUGUGUGUGGUCCUAGCCUGGCCCGUCUUCUUGGCCUUCUCUGCUCUGCCCUGUGAAAACAGGUCCAUCUUGUUGGGAGGUGCUGCUGGUUGGAGGUUGCAGUCUACCAAUGAAUGGCCUGGCAGCUUUCUCCAAGCUUGGCAACAUGAAGGACUCCCCCCUCAUCGGGGGCUUCCUGCUCCCUACCUAACCUUAUCCGGAGGAUGUCUCUAGGCCCGGAUGCCUGAUUUAUUUCAAGGAUGACCCUUGACAUAGGUCUCUGCAAACCCUGUUUCCUGGAAUCCCACAUGAUAAUAGGUUAAUGCCAUUUUGAUAGGGCCCUGCUUCCACUAAUUCAGCUAUAUGACAGGCGAGCACCGCUUAAUCCCAAUUCCAUUGAUUUCCUAUACUCUAGAAUGAAGUUCAGUCAUAUUCCAGAGGGCUAGCUCUGAUGUAUCCACAGCUGUCUGAACCCUGUUACCCCCCUUCUGCUCCCUCCACCAUCAUGGACUGGUGGCCAACGAUCCCUUAGGAAGAAGGAGAGCCACACCUGUUCCCAAACCUGCCCCUUAGGAAUGCUUUGCUAGGUAAGUCCCAGAGGACUGGAAAGACCCCUCUAAUUCCUUUGGACCCAGAAUUCAGGGACACGGGGCUGGAGCAAGCCCUGUGGGUAAGAGUGUUUGCUUUGCAAAGCACGAGGACAUCUUCAGCAUCCACAUAAAUAUCACGAGUUACGGGCCACCCGCAUGUAACACCACCGCUGGAGUAGGAAAAUGGGUGGACCCAAAACGGUCAGCUUUCACCUCAUUGAGCAGUCCUGCCUCAAAGUAAUAAGGCCGACAGCAGAGACUGACAGAGAGGAAGACAUCUAACACCUUGCUUCUAGCCUCCACGUUCCUGCGCAUGUGUGGGCACACCCCCACACUCAGGUGUAAGAGCUAUACACAUACCAGAUACAGAAAAGAAGAAUAGGGCUGGAGAGAUGGCUCAGAGGUUAAGAGGUCCUGAGUUCAAU